AACUCCUUCCUUUUUUCUUGUUUUUCUCAUGUUUCAUAUUCUCUGGUCAAUACAUCGCCAGGAAACUUUCUAGGUUUUUAUUAGUAACUUCUUCUCUUCUUCUUCUUAUUUUUUUAGGCUCUCUAAAUAUUUAAUUCUGGGCUUCCAUAUUUAAGAAUUCUAAGUUUAGCUGAAAUCUGCAGUUGUAUUUUCCGUACCUAGAUUUUAUUAUUUUAUACCACUUUUUUGGUUUUCAGUGAGCUUUUGUACCAGACCCCCUUUUGUCUUUUUAGUAUUUGUUUUGAUCUUGUGUUGUCAAAAUUUCUUUGGUGAUUUGCAGCUAUUUGGGUCUUGGUUUCUACCCAGCUGCUGCUAUUUUGGAAUCUGGCUCUUUAAAUUAUUUGUUGAUAGACCGAGCUUCUAAGGCUUCUCCCUUGAGAAGCAAAUCUGUGACAGUUUGAAGGUUUUAUGUGUUUGACCGAUUUGGGAAUAGAGCUGUGGUUUGCAUAGAAUGGCUGGUGGUAGAAGAAAGAAGCAGCGUUUUAGUAGAAUCCAUGCCUUCCCAUGUGGAAGAGCAUCAUUCAGAAGUGAGCAUUCACUGAUCGGAGGACCUGGCUUCUCUAGGAUAGUUUAUUGCAAUGAACCUGAAUGCUUUGAGGCUGGUCUGCAAAAUUAUGCUAGCAACUAUGUCAGAACUACCAAGUACACACUCGCAACAUUUCUCCCAAAGUCACUAUUCGAGCAGUUCCGGCGGGUUGCCAACUUUUAUUUCCUCCUCUGUGCAAUAUUGUCUUUCACUCCACUUUCUCCUUACUCAGCCAUCAGCAAUGUUGUUCCUCUAGUUGUUGUUAUUGGUGCUACAAUGGGGAAAGAGGUGAUUGAAGAUUGGAGGAGAAAAAAGCAGGAUAUUGAAAUGAACAAUCGAAAAGUAAAAGUGCAUUAUGGUGAAGGUGUUUUUGAUCACGCUAAAUGGAUGGAUUUGAAAGUCGGGGACAUAGUAAGGGUGGAAAAGGAUGAAUAUUUUCCUGCUGAUCUCAUAUUGCUGUCUUCAAGUUAUGAUGAAGCAAUUUGCUAUGUUGAGACCACAAACCUUGACGGAGAAACCAAUUUGAAACUGAAACAAGCACCAGAUGUAACUUCAAACUUGCAUGAGGACUCUGGCUUUCAAGAUUUUAAGGCUAUAAUUAGAUGUGAAGAUCCCAACGCAAAUCUGUAUUCUUUUAUAGGCAGUUUGGAUCUGGGAGAGGACCAGCAUGCUCUUAUGCCUCAGCAACUUCUACUUAGGGACUCAAAGCUGCGAAAUACUGAUUACAUUUACGGAGUGGUUAUCUUCACAGGUCAUGAUACAAAGGUUAUGCAAAAUUCAACAGCACCCCCAUCUAAGAGAAGCAAAAUUGAGAAGAGGAUGGAUAAGGUUAUCUACCUCUUAUUCUUCCUUUUGGUUUUAAUUUCGUUUAUUGGGUCAAUUUUCUUUGGAAUUUCAACGAAGGAAGACCUUGAGGAUGGAAGGAUGAAAAGAUGGUAUCUCAGACCUGAUAAGACGACAAUUUAUUAUGACCCACAUAGAGCACCAGCUGCAGCAAUUUUGCAUUUUUUUACAGCUCUUAUGCUGUAUGGUUAUUUGAUUCCCAUUUCCUUGUAUGUAUCAAUCGAAAUUGUCAAAGUUCUUCAGAGCAUUUUCAUCAACCGAGAUCUGCAUAUGUAUCAUGAGGAAACUGAUAAGCCAGCACGGGCACGCACCUCAAAUUUGAAUGAAGAACUUGGCCAAGUUGACACUAUACUUUCUGAUAAAACAGGAACAUUGACUUGCAACUCGAUGGAAUUUAUCAAGUGUUCUGUGGCUGGCACAUCAUAUGGUCGUGGAGUAACAGAAGUUGAGAAGGAUAUGGCUAGAAGAAAGGGGUCACCUUUGCCUCAAGAGGAGACAGAGGAAGAAGACAUUGUGGAGGGAGUGGCUGAAGGAAAGCCAUCCGUAAAAGGAUUCAAUUUUGUAGAUGAAAGGAUCACAAAUGGUCAUUGGGUAAAUGAACCUCAUGCAGAUGUAGUCCAAAAGUUCUUAAGAUUACUCGCUAUCUGCCAUACUGCAAUACCUGAAAUUGAUGAAGAAACUGGAAGAAUAUCAUAUGAAGCUGAAUCACCAGAUGAGGCAGCAUUUGUCAUUGCAGCAAGGGAGCUUGGCUUUAAAUUCUAUGAAAGAACACAAACAAGCAUCUUACUGCAUGAGUUGGAUCUGGUCUCUGGCACAAAAGUUGAAAGAUCCUAUCAACUUUUAAACAUCAUCGAGUUCAAUAGCUCUAGAAAGAGGAUGUCUGUUAUUGUGAGGAAUGAGAAGGGAAAGCUGCUUCUACUUUGUAAAGGGGCUGACAGUGUCAUGUUUGAAAGACUUGCAAGGGAUGGAAGAGAGUUUGAAGAGCCCACCAGGGAGCACAUUGGCGAGUAUGCUGAUGCUGGCUUGAGGACUUUGGUUCUUGCAUAUCGUGAACUUGAUGAGGAAGAAUAUGAUGAGUUCAAUCAUGAAUUUACCGAGGCAAAAAACUCAUUAAGUGCAGAUCGUGAGGAUAUGAUUGAAGAAGUAGCUGAAAAGAUUGAGAGGGAUUUGAUUCUUCUUGGUGCUACAGCUGUUGAGGACAAACUUCAGAAUGGGGUUCCUGAGUGUAUUGACAAGCUUGCACAAGCGGGAAUAAAAAUAUGGGUUUUAACAGGAGAUAAGAUGGAGACAGCCAUCAAUAUUGGCUUUGCCUGUAGUUUACUCAGACAAGGGAUGAAGCAAAUAAUAAUCAGUUCAGAUACUCCAGAAAACAAAGCUCUAGAGAAAAUGGAGGACAAAGCUGCUGGUGUUACGGCUCUCAAGGCAAGCGUCGUCCAUCAGAUGAAUGAAGGGAAGGCGCUGCUUACUGCAUCAAGUGAAACUUCUGAGGCACUGGCUUUGAUAAUUGAUGGCAAAUCACUCACUUAUGCUAUCGAAGAUGAUGUCAAGAACCUGUUUCUGGAGCUUGCUAUUGGAUGUGCAUCUGUCAUUUGCUGCCGAUCAUCUCCUAAACAGAAAGCUCUUGUUACAAGACUGGUUAAAAGUAAGACAGGUAAAACAACAUUAGCAAUUGGUGAUGGGGCAAAUGAUGUUGGGAUGCUUCAAGAAGCAGAUAUUGGUGUUGGUAUCAGUGGGGUUGAAGGAAUGCAGGCAGUCAUGUCAAGCGAUAUUGCAAUUGCACAAUUCCGAUUUUUGGAGCGCUUGCUACUUGUUCAUGGACAUUGGUGCUACAGAAGGAUCUCAUCAAUGAUAUGCUACUUCUUUUACAAGAACAUUGCAUUUGGGUUCACUCUCUUCUUCUACGAGGCAUAUGCAUCAUUCUCAGGCCAACCAGCUUAUAAUGAUUGGUUUCUAUCUCUUUAUAACGUCUUCUUCACAUCACUUCCUGUGAUUGCACUUGGAGUGUUUGACCAGGAUGUAUCUGCCCGAUUUUGCCUCAAGUUCCCUCUACUGUACCAAGAAGGUGUACAAAAUGUCUUGUUUAGCUGGAUCCGAAUCUUUGGCUGGGCAUUUAAUGGUGUAUCGAGUGCUGUCUUAAUCUUCUUCUUCUGCAUCCGUGCAAUGGAGCAUCAAGCCUUUCGCAAAGGUGGAGAAGUUGUUGGCUUGGAGAUCCUUGGUGCCACCAUGUAUACAUGCGUUGUGUGGGUGGUUAACUGCCAGAUGGCACUAUCUAUCAACUAUUUCACUUAUAUACAGCAUCUCUUCAUCUGGGGUGGAAUUGUAUUCUGGUACAUUUUCCUCAUGGUAUAUGGAGCAAUGGAUCCAUACCUAUCAACAACUGCCUAUAAAGUUUUCGUCGAAGCCUGUGCACCAGCCCCGUCUUACUGGCUCAUCACACUCCUGGUGUUGUUAUCCUCACUCAUCCCAUAUUUUAUUUACUCGGCCAUACAAAUGCGUUUCUUUCCCUUGUAUCAUCAGAUGAUACACUGGUUAAGAAAUGAUGGGCAAACGGAGGACCCUGAGUACUGUAAUAUGGUACGGCAAAGGUCAUUGCGACCAACGACAGUAGGUUAUACAGCCCGCUAUGUAGCGAAAUCAAAACGUUUAAAAGAGAAGAAGCACCAGGAUAGGUGAUGGAUAUAUCUCUGUAGAUUGUUGUCAAAAUUGUAGAUUUUCUUGCAGAAGGUACGUUGUUUUGUAUGUAAAUAUGCAACGCAGAGAAAGGUUGUUUGGUGGCACCGCGUGGGAAAAGUGAAUGUCUGGUAGACGACAUUAUCAAGUGACCUGAUGAGAAGCAGCUAUGCCCUCCAAAAAAUCUGUAGGAGAAAAUUGUUUCAUAAGUUCCAAAACUGUAAUUCGGAUGUUUUGGCGGCUUUGAGGUCAAAUCAAAUGUUUUAGUUGGAGUUGGAGUUGGAUUUUGUAUAAUAAUACUACCAUCAAAUCUGGAUAUUCUUGUGCUUUGUAGAAAUAUCACUGGCACUGCUGCUGCCCUUUCUCGUCCAAUCCAUCAGGUUGGCUAACGAGAUCUUAAUUACAUGUUAUAAGAGAAGAUCAAAUCACGUUAGCUUUACUCA